ACAUGUGUACAAUGUUACAACUAAAAUAAAUGGCGGUAUUUAGAAGUUAGUGGAGCUAUGACACUUGUUUGUGUAGGUGAUUACGAUUUUCACAUGUGUCAUUCCGAAAAUAGUCGUCUCUGGAAGAAAUCAUCAGUUGCUGUUGCAUCAUGUCAACUGCUAAAGACAUUUACAAUUUUAGUGCAAUACAAAAGAGAGGGAACACAGAGAGUAUCACACCGCAUAAAGUAGCCGUCGUGCUUCUGGUACGGGAGUUUUGUCUGCUGAAAGUAAAAGCUCGACCAGAGAGACUGAUGGAUGAAGGCAACUUUUACUCAGUGAAACCAUCCCACCGGAGAGACUUCUGCAUGUUAAUACUGAAACUGAUCCAGGGUCCUGAUCUGGAGCUGAAGGUUUUCAAAAAGCUACUCACAGAGGGGAGAUACUCACUACUUCCUUCACUUUAUCGGAGCUUUGAAAAUGAAUUACUGGAAAUUUACAAGAAGGGAGUUGGCAGCAUAUUAGAUUUAAUAAGUAGUGUAGGUCGGUUGAUGCUAGAACCUUCUGUUAUGAUGCCAAUUGUGAACAAGAGCAGUGUAAUUGGGCUUUACUUGAGACGCAUCAUAUUGCACUUUGAGAAACUUUCAUUCUCCCAGGUUGUAUCAGUCUACCAGGUGUUCAAGGAGUAUUGUCAAGGAGCAUUUUCUGGCCGACUGACUGCAGAAAGUAUAGACAGCUCUGUCUCUUGUCAGACAACUUUUGAUACUCCUGUGACCCCUCUCGGUACAAAAGGACCUAGAGCAAAUUUUGAGGACAUAAGCCUCAAGGAUAUUGGGUCCAUGAACAGUGUUUACUGGUCACGCAGACAAGCUGAGCUCUUCAUUGCACAGCAGGCAUCGCUUAUGCAGAAUAAUGAGACAGCAGCACUUUCCCCAUCUCGCCUGCAGGAACAGAUUAGAAAGCUACUGCAGACUAAUCCGGACUAUGCAGAAGCGCAUUAUUUGAGUUACCUGAACUGUGCCCGAGUGAAUGAAUUUUGUGGAGCUGUUGAUAGUUUGUUUCAUUGCUUUGACAGAAAUACCAAUACAAAUGAUAGCAAAACAAAUAACCAAGAUGAGAAAAACAGAGGAUUCAGAUUUGCUGCUCUGAAUUUAACCAUACUCUACGCACACUUUGGCUAUAGGAAAGAGGCACUGUCAGCACUAAAGGAAGCAAUUAUGUUAGCCCAGGAGGCUAAUGAUAAUAUUUGUCUGCAACAUGCUCUUGCAUGGCUCUACAAUUUGAGUGAUGAAAAUAAGGAUAUUUUAAUAGCACGAUCUAUAGCAAAAAGUAGUGACUUGUCUCUAAGUUACCUAACAUCACUUGGCAUCCAGUCAUUUGCCCAAUAUGCAGCAGUCACUGCUGGGAAACCCUCUUUGGUUUUUGAACUGCUCAUGAAAAGUGAUGUCCUGAACUAUCAACAUUCAAUCAUUGAUUUAAUAGCAAACAGCUAUGCACAGAAAGCUGGACUUUGGUGUCUUUAUGGUAAAACUGAAAUGACUCUAAUUUCAAGCCAGCUUCUUUUACAUCUGAAUAUGUCUCAUCCAGCCCAAGGCGUUCAGUCUUACAGUGGUGAAGGCACAUGUUUGGCAGUCUGCAAUGUCAUAAAUUUUCUCACAGAACAGGGAGAGUAUAAUGUUGCAACAUUACUACUCGAUUUUGCCCGUGAAAAUUUUCCGCAUGAGCCAAUAUCUCACGCAUGGAUAUUUUCAGAACAAAUUUUAACUUUCACACGAGCAAUGCACACAGGGAAAUGGCAGGAAGCUGAGCAGGCUGUUUCUCAAUUAGAAGCAGUAAAUAAAUGGGAAAGCAGACUAAGGAGGGCAGAACUCCUAGUUGCAAGAGGAGAUCUGCCAACAGCUAGCAGAUGGUUGUCACACGUACUAGAACAACCGCUACUAACAUCAGACUUUGAUGAGCCUCGUAGCUGCCCUGCACUCAAAGUUCGUGCAUUGAUACUGGCUGCUGAGCUGCAGCCACCAGCAACAGCCCUUUCUCUGUUGUCUCAAGCAGCUACAUCUGCACAAGUGCACUACCUGUCAUAUCAGUCUGCAAUCAUUGCUUUGCAUCUCGCUAAUCUCCAGUUGCAGAUGGCUUUGCCUUCUUUGGCACUUAAAUUAAUUGAUGAAGCACUACCAGUCGUUGUUGCUCACGGAGGUUGUUAUGACCAAGCCAGGGGUCUUCUGCUACAUGCCAAAUGUAAAAUAGCUUCAGCAGCCUCAAAGCCUCCUAGUGCACGGGAAGCUAUCCUUAACAAUGCAUUACAACAGCUACAUAAAGCACAAAAUGGAUUUUUCAAAAUAGAAGCAUACUCACGGAUGAAGGAUGUUGUAUAUCUGAAAGCCUUGCUGUAUAAUGAACUAGGUUAUGUUUCUGAAAGAAAAAAGUGUGCUCUCCAGUUCAGACAGCUGGAUGAACAGUAUCCAACAAAAGUUGCUACAACAUUGCUAACAAGACUGUAGUUGUUGUUGUAAAAUGUGGAGUGAUAUAGAUAUACAGUGCCUACUUGAGAAAUAUAAUGAAAAAAAGCA